AUGCCGGCAAGAGACGAGCAGGUGCCGGAGCUCUCCUACCUCCCAACCUACACACAGACCAGACCACCGCCUCCAUCUGGGCCACCGCCCGCCUACGCCAAUGUUAUCGGCAAGGUGUAUCCCUACUCGCUUCGACCCGUGCUGCUCGUGACCACCUUCUUCACCAUCCUCUACCUCUUGCUUGUCGCCAUCUCCAACUUCAAGGAUGUGGGCCACUCGGGCAAUAACGGCACCAUGAAUCUUUUCGAUAUCCUCACCGGUGCGCUUCUCAUGGCUGUCGCUCUCGUCGAAGUGCUCGGCUUCGUCGGUGCGCUCAAGACCAAUCUGAGGCUAGCCACGCUCUACUCGAAGCUUACUAUUCCUGGGUUUGCGCUGGUGAUUGCUUGCGAGAUUAUCAACAUUGCGGGCCACUACAUGUUCAAGACGCGCACCAUCAACGACUGCAUCGCUAGGAACACGGGCGUUGUGGCGCCUUCCUCCCCAUUUGGCUGGUAUGGGCAGUCGAGCAGCAAUUUGGUCAUGUCGGAGGUGGACGCCAAGAACUACUGCAACAGCCAGUGGAGGUACGAUUCAACGUGGGAGAUCGUGUGGCUUGUCGUCACCAUUGUGCUCGGCGUGCCGUUUGUCAUGUUCAGCUUUGCCUUUGUGAGGCAGCUGCGCGAUCCCAACUCGGUGCGCGUGCGCGAGUCCAACUUUGACUGGUGGCAGCGUAGGAACAGGCAACUGCCUCCCAGUGCCCGGUAUGGUGGUCGUCAUAGCUCGGCACCGUACGACCCGCAAUCGCAAGCCCAGGCGUAUGCGUAUCCCCCGGCUCCGUAUGGGUCGGGUGCAUAUGCUGCGCCCGCUGGCCCGCCUCCGGCUGGUGCGUUCGGCGCGGAUGGCCACCGCGAUCUUCCAGAUUACGAGCGUGGAGAUGUGCACGGCGACUUCGACGACGACCGCAAGAGUCCUGUGAUCAGCCCGACGUCGUACGGAUACAGCGGUGCCGGACGUCCCAGCACCAGCAGGGACCGCGACGAGAGGCAGAACGAUGCGGCCAAGGACUCGCAGGUGACGAUUCGGCUCGACGAUGAUGCCGCUGAUGCCGCUGAUGCUAAGAGCAAGGCGUUUGGUCGCGACUCGCACGACGACGAUACUCCGAGGAUCUGA